AAGAGCGGCUCUCGGGCUUUGUUUUGUGGAUGUGAAUGAGCUCCAUCACCUCCACCAGAAAUGUGGACGGAUAUAAGGACGCUGCUACUUUUUCAUUUAUUAGUCCUGAGGCUUCAUUUCUCGGAAGCAACGGAUGAGUGUGAGGAUGGACAGUUUCAGUGCAACAACAAAAGGUGUAUACCAACCAUCUGGAGGUGCGACGAUGACGACGACUGUUCAGACAACAGCGAUGAAGAAAACUGUCGUAAGAAGACAUGUGCCCCCGCAGAGUUCGCCUGCUUGAACGGCCAGUGUGUCCCAGGACGCUGGCGCUGUGAUGGGGAACCAGAAUGCCCCGAUGGCUCUGAUGAGGCAGAGGAAACAUGCAGCAAACAGACGUGCCCUCCAGAGAAAUUUGACUGUGGGGGAUCCACCAACAAGUGUGUCUCGUUGUCAUGGAGAUGUGAUGGGGAGAAAGACUGCGAGAACGGGGCGGAUGAGGAGGACUGCGCGUCCGCCAAUCAGACGACUCAGUCAUCUGCUACCCCCACCCCUAGCCCCCUGCAGGGACUAUCCUUGCCCUACUUCUGA